CCUGUUAGUGCUUGCUUGACCGUUACCUUGAAUGUUAAGAUUGAGUAAUACUCUUUUCAAUAUUUGCGUUUGGAAUCUUUUUUAUAUGAAUUCAUAAAACUCUCGAAUCUCUAACUUGUUGCAUUUAUUCAAAGCCUUUUAAUUUGGCUAACUUGCUCGAAAGGUUUUAUAAACCGUGAAAAAUGUUUCUAAGCUACCUGCAAUUAGGAAAUUUCAUUAUCCUGAUUUUGACAACUACAGUACUAACUUCGAAAUUGGAAAGAAAUUACAAUGUUACUAGAAAGGACCUCGAAUUUUUUGACAUCAAUCAUUUUAAUAAUCAAUCCAAACAUUAUAAAAUGACAGAAAAGGGUGAAAUUUGUCAGAAAGAAGAGAAAAAGUUACAUGAAAAUAAUGGUAUGGAGUUAAAGGACUUUUCAAAGAGAGAGAGAGAGAAAGAGAGAGAGAGCUUCUUUCAGACAACAAUUGAAGGGCUGGCUGCAAUAAGGGGACGAACGCGAGACUUGGAAGGGAUACUACCAGUCGGCCCUUUAAUUAAGAAAAACACUCAAAGUGAAAAAAUUUCUGAAAAUAUAGGAUUGGAAAAAAGUUUUUCAGAAGAAGAAAUUGUAAGACCAAGACUACAAAAAACAGAGUUAAAUUCACCGAAACUAUAUUAUGGAACAUUAGACAUUUCAACCUUAAAAUCACAAUAUAAUCAAACGUUAAAAACUUUUAGAAGUACAUUGAUAGACGCAAAUAUAAAGAAGGAAAAGUAUUCUAUUAGUAUAAUUCAGAGAAAAAAAAGAGAUAAAUUUGUUGAACCGAGAGAAGAAGACAUGAUUCAAGCUGCUAAUUUCGGAAUUGAAGCUAUGAACGAACUUUAUUACAUAAAGGAACCAAAACUUUAUUCACUGGGAAUAUUUCUUGGGCCGAAUAAUCCAGCACAUUUUGUUGCAAGUUUUAAUGAACUGACAGAGGAAGCUAAGUAUUUAUCCAGAUUUGGAUUUGCUGCUCUCCAAGGAUCAAUAUUAUUUGUAAAUAAGUUUCCUGAGCUUUCGAGGAAUAUUCCGUUUGCUCAAAGUACAGGAAAUUCAAGUUUACGCCAACAGUGUCCUAAAAGAGGAAUUCCUCAAUGUACUCCAGCCAGCUUAAGGUAUAGAACUGCUGAUGGAAGUUGUAAUAAUGCUCAAAAUCCUUGGUGGGGUUCUGCUAUGUCAACAAUGCAAAGAAUUUUACCUCCACUUUAUCAAGAUGGUAUUCAAAGUGUCAGAAGAUCUUUGAACGAAGAAUUAUUACCUUCUUCAAGAGAAGUGUCGAAUCUUAUUCAUGAGGAUAGAGAUAUAUCUUUAGCUUCUAUUUCUCACAUGUUGAUGCAGUGGGGACAAUUCAUCGACCAUGAUAUAAGUGCCUCAAUACCAAGUCGGGGUUUCAACGGGACAAUACCACAGUGUUGUCUAGAACGAGGGAAAGGAUUCCAGUUACCACAAUUUAUGUCAUCGAGAAAAUGUUCACUGGAAAUCGGCUGGUCUGUCAACGCUAUGUGACUAGUAAAAGUCUACAGGGGAAGUGCUUCCUGGUGCAUAUAUUAUUCGGAUGUGAGUCCCGAAUAUUCAAGAGCACCAGGAAGACGAAAAUCAUUCAUUGUUUUGGUCCUGUCAAAACACUGACUGCGGCCAUAUUGGAUUAAAGGGCGACGCAGAG